AUGCCAACAUUAAAUUCAACUAUACUCUAUUUAUCAUGUGUCGAUAGAGUACUCACUGUUCGCUUGCCAUAUCUUGAACAAUUUUCCAUAUGUAGUGUUCCAUAUGCUUUCGGAAAUGUAUUAUUACCUCAUAUUCUUGACAGCAAUAAUUUUCCAUCGCUUAAAGUUCUUCAUUUUUCUGGAAAACGUUACUAUAUGCUAGAUAUUCACAUGCACAAUAAAACGCCAAAUUCAACAAUUCGUACACUUAUUCUUCAUAGAUGGAGUGGAUCAAUGCUAGUCCCUUUACUCAAUCUUCUACCUAAUUUACGUCGAUUGAAAAUGAUUUUUUCAGAAUCUGUUAACGAAUCAAUGAAUUUCAAUAUGUAUCAAAUGUCACUUACACACCUACGAAUAAGUGUUUUAAAUCCAUCUAAUUCUCUCGAAAAGAUACUUCCCUAUAUGCCUAAUUUAAAACAAUUGCAUAUCACAGGAAUGAUUCGUGAACAGUCGAUAUUAGAACAUUUUACAAAAUUGACUAAUAUACUUCAUAUUCAUACACCUGAUUUACAAAAAUUCGAUUGUGAAUUAUUUUGUAAUGGAAUGAAUGAUCAUAUCGAUAUUCUUAUUAUACAACAACUUCAUCCACUUUUCAAACCAAUACAACGUCAUUUAGGAGAUUAUCCCUAUCAAUGUUUUGCGACUAAUCUAACGAAAUAUUCACAUCUGAAGGAAUAUGCAUGUGAGUAUAUAGAAUUUAUUUCACGUAAUUUUUCAAUUUUUAUAUGUAAUCAUUAUAUAAUAGUGUUUGUACCUAAUCAAGUAAAACAAAAUAAAUCGAUCGAUAAAUUCGAAAAUCAAUUUUUUGAACAUACUCAUGGAUCAACAACAAUUAAUUCAAAUACAUUUUUUACUUGUGCAGCUGCAACUGCAGUUCCGCCACUAACAUUAAGAAAAUUAGCUGGAUCACUACAUCAUGUAAUUUAA